UCCAAACUGAACAUCACGACCCGAGACCUUCUCCGCCACCGACGAAGCUACCUACAACACCGCCCACACUUGCCAGAACCGCCAGAAAUAUGUUGUCGGCUCUCGGAAACCCGCGGCAGGCGGCGUCGCAGCUGCUCAACUUUGCGCUGAUCCUUUCGACUGCCUUCAUGAUGUGGAAGGGUCUUUCCGUGAUUUCCGAUUCUCCCAGCCCGAUCGUCGUCGUUCUCAGUGGUUCCAUGGAGCCUGCCUUUCAAAGAGGCGAUCUCCUGUUCCUGUGGAACCGCAACCUGAUCCAGGAAACCGACGUUGGCGAAAUCGUUGUCUACGAAGUCAAGGGCAAGAACAUUCCCAUCGUCCACAGAGUGGUCCGCAGAUUCGGCUCCGGACCGGAAGCGAAGCUCCUUACCAAGGGCGACAACAACAACUCCGAUGACACUGAGCUGUACGCCAAGGACCAGGACUACCUCGUGCGCAAAGACAUCAUCGGCAGCGUCGUCGCAUACAUCCCUUUUGUCGGCUACGUUACGAUCCUCCUCUCAGAAUACCCGUGGUUGAAGACGGCAAUGCUAGGAAUAAUGGGCUUGGUAGUGGUGCUGCAAAGAGAGUAGAUCCGUCGUUAUGGC